AUGGAGGUUAUUCCCUUUUUGGUUUUGGCUGUUGGAGUAGAUAAUAUUUUCAUUCUUGCUCAACACUUACAGCGUUAUAAUCCUAAACAAAAUGAGUCUUCUCAAGAUCAAGUAGCUAAGGUUCUGGGCAAAUGUGGACCAUCUAUUCUUAUGGCUUUUGCCUGUGAAGUUACAUGUUUCUUUAUUGGAGCUUUAUCAACUAUGCCCGCUAUCCGAAUGUUUGCAUUGAAUGCUGCAUUAGCUCUUCUAAUCGACUUUUUACUACAAAUGAGUGUCUUUAUUGCUGUUUUAUAUCUUGAUUUGGAGAGACAAAAAUCAUCUAGAUUUGAUAUUCUAUGUUGCUUCAAAUCAUCUAAAAAUAUCAAUCCUGAUCCAACGCCUGAUGAUGUUGAAGCUGGAUUACUUCAAAAAAUCUGUAAAGAUCAUUAUGCACCAUUCCUCAUGAAAGACAAAGUUCGUUUAGUUAUAUUUAUCGGUUUUACUCUUUGGGUUUGCUCUUCUAUCGCUGUUGUAAACAAAAUUGAUGUUGGAUUGGACCAAGAACUAUCAAUGCCUCAUGACUCUUACGUCCUUAAAUAUUUCAAAGCUCAGAAAAAUGAUUUACGCGUCGGACCUCCUGUUUAUUUUGUUGUUGGUGGUAAAUUUGAUUAUUCAGAAAUUUUCCACCAAGAAAUUAUUUGUGGAGCUAGCUUCUGUGGUGAAAAUUCCCUUUUUAAUCAAAUCAGUCAAGCAUCACACGAACCCGAAUCUAGUUACAUUGUUGAUACUCCUGCCUCAUGGCUUGAUGAUUACUUCGAUUGGGCUGGAUCAUCAUCUUGUUGUCGAAUUUUCAAAAAUGAUACAAAUCGCUUCUGUCCAUCUACAUUAACAGAUAUUAACCGAAACAAACUUUGUAAACAGUGCCCUAUUUUAGAUGAUGACCAAACUGUGAAACCAAAAGAAUUUUAUGCUUUUCUGCCUGACUACUUAUCUGAUGAGCCGACAGCCAAUUGUCCAAAAGGUGGUCUUGGAGCUUAUGGAGCUGCUGUUAAAUUAGGUGAUGAUGGUCGUGUAUUAGCUAGUCACUAUAGUUCGUAUCAUUCACCUCUAGUCAAAUCAAGUGAUUUCAUCGAAGCAAUGAAAAGUGCUCGUUUCUUAGCAUCAAACAUUGAACGAGCAGUAUCAACCGCUUUAAAGCCAGGCGAAGAAGUUAAAGUAUUCCCAUAUUCUCUUGUCUACGUUUAUUACGAGCAAUACCUUACUAUCUACGGUGAUUCCAUCAGAAGUCUUGCCUUAUCAAUAACAGCUAUUUUCUUGGUAUCCUUUGUUUUAUACGGAUUUGAUAUCAAAGCAUCACUGAUUGUCGUUUUCACCAUUAUAUGUAUCGUAAUCAAUCUUAUGGGAAUGAUGUAUUGGUGGGACAUUUCACUGAAUGCCUUGUCUUUGGUUAACCUCGUUAUGGCUGCUGGUAUUUCAGUUGAAUUUUGUUCUCAUAUAACUCAUGCUUACCUAAUGAGUAAUGAAGCAAGCCGUGUUAAGCGAUCACAAGAAGCCUUGGCUACAAUGGGUUCAUCUGUUUUAUCUGGAAUCACAUUGACUAAAUUUGCCGGUAUUCUGGUGUUAGCUUGGUCAACAUCACAAAUUUUUGUUGUAUUUUAUUUCCGAAUGUAUUUCGGUAUCGUUAUUAUUGGAGCACUUCAUGGUCUUGUUUUAUUACCUGUACUGUUGAGUGUAUUUGGAGGUAAACCCAAGCUGAGCAGUUCAUUUAUAAUUGAUAAUCCUGAACAAGCAGUUGUGGAAUAAACAACGCUACUGAACUUCAUAAGCUCACACAAUAUUGGUUGAAAAACAUUGAUACUCUGCAUUUCAAGAUAUUAAGAACGGGCAAUAUUUUUAAAUUUUUGGAUAACCGUUCAACUUUCAACAAAUGAAUUGUUUAUUUAUCAUAGUUAUUUUCAAUAAGAACCAAAAAUUGGAAAAUUGAUCUUUUGUUACACAUAAUCCUCAUCUAAAUGUAGAGAUACUGUCUGCCUUAACAUUUUGAAAUGCGUUGUAUCACUGCUUUAAUGAUCAUGAUCUCUAACCAUCUAAUACAACCUAUUGACUGAACCAAAACUAAUCAUGAAACAACUACAGAAUCCGGUCAAAUAAUCAGGUUAUCAAAUUGAUUCUAUCAAUUAUUGAGUUGUUUAUUUAGUUUUUUGAGAAUAACAUGCAAAUAUCUACGUUUCAAUGUAUAAAAUCACUAUCUUUUACCCAAACACAUAAAUUUUUAAAUAAUAAAUAUAAUAGAUUUAUAUCCUUUUUAAA